AUAGAAAGCUCAUAAGAUGUAGAAAAGACAGACUUUAAAUUCCAGUGUUCCUGUGAGGCUGACACAACACAACACAAGACAAAAAAAAUGCUUGCAAUGGAGACAACACCAACUUGCAACCUUCACUUUGUGUUCAUUCCCUUCAUGGCACCAGGUCAUAUGUUACCUCUCGUUGACAUGGCCAAGUUAAUGGCACGACGCAAUGUGAAGGUGACAAUUGUCACCACACCCCUCAACGCCCUCAAAUUCAGUGCCACCAUCCACAGAGAGAUCCAAUCUGGUUCACCAAUCCAAAUUCAACUAGUCUCAUUCCCCAAUGCAGAAGCUGGAAUACCAGAGGGUUGUGAAAGCUUGGAAUCUCUCCCUUCAAUGGAUCUUGUGGUGAAUUUCAUGAUAGCCUUAAGCAUGUUGCAAAAACAGCUAGAAGAGCUUAUUGAAAAGAUGCAACCCUUUCCAUGUUGCAUUGUAUCUGACAAGUACAUUUCUUGUGUUGCUGAUAUAGCUAUCAAGUUCAAGGUCCCUAGAAUUGUAUUUGAUGGGACUAAUUGCAUCAACCUCUUGUGCAAUCACAACUUGCAUGCUUUUAAGGUCUAUGAGAGUGUAUCUGAUUCAGAUAAAUUUGUUUUCCCCGGAUUACCCCACAGAAUUGAAAUGAGGAAAUCUCAGCUUCCAAAGCUAUUUAAGCCUGGCCCAAACCAAAAGUUUAAUGCUUUACGUGAGAGAGCCCAGGUGGCUGAAGCAGAAGCAUAUGGGAUAGUGGUGAAUAGUUUUGAAGAGUUGGAAGCAGAAUAUGUUAAGGAGUAUCAAAGGGUCACGGGCCGUAAGGUGUGGUGUAUUGGACCUGUGUCACUGUCAAACGAGGAUGCCUUGGACAAGGCUCAGAGAGGUAGCAAAAGAAACACAAAAGAUGGUGAAGUUGAUUGUGUGAAGUGGCUUGAUUCAUGGCCUGAAAGGUCGGUGAUUUAUGUUUGCCUUGGUAGCCUUAACCGUGUGGCACCUAAGCAAUUGAUGGAGAUUGGUUUGGGGUUGGAAGCAACAAAGAGACCAUUCAUUUGGGUGCUGAGAGGAGCAUAUAGGAGUGAUGAAAUGGAAAGGUGGCUUUUGGAAGAGAGAUUUGAAGAGAGGGUGAAAGAGAGAGGGGUUUUGGUUAGGGGUUGGGUGCCACAGAUGUUGAUAUUGUCACAUGGAGCUAUAGGAGCAUUCUUCACACAUUGUGGAUGGAAUUCCUCGUUGGAAGCCAUUUGUGUUGGUGUGCCUUUGGUCACGUUUCCUAUUUUUCAUGAUCAGUUUUUCAAUGAGAAAUUAGCUGCGCAAGUGGCUGAGAUUGGUGUGAGUGUGGGAGCUGAAAGUGCUGUUCAUCUUGGACAGGAAGAUAACUUUGGUGAGUGUGUUAGAGCGAAGAGGGACAAUGUUAAAGAGGCUAUAGAGAAGGUAAUGGGGGAAGGUGAAGAAAAGGAGGAGAGAAGGGGGAGAGCUAGAAAGUAUGGUGACAUGGCAAAGAAAACAAUGGAGAAAGGUGGAUCAUCUUACUGCAACAUGUCUAUGCUGAUUGAGGACAUAUCACAAGUCCAGUUGUUAAAUCAAAGCUAAGCCACAAUGGAAACCAAAAUUUGUGUUGUGAGAAACUUUUGCUUUUGACACAUUUGGUAGCUUUGCUUCUAUGUUCGGAUGGAAAUUGGUUUUAUUUGUAAUGAAUGUUGUAGAAUAUGGCAUAUGGCUUGGCAAAAAAUCCCAUGGCUCCAACCUGUUCCAUAACCUCACAUUUCCAUACUAUUUUAAAUCUAUUUUUAUGGACUGGCUUUAAAGUUCAAAUCCGAAAUUAAGGAUUUAAAUAAAAUGGAGUCCACUUUUUUU